AUGCACGAAUGUCUCCGAUUCUCAAUGCGCAUAUGUCGUUGGGCAGGAUUCUUUCCAGUGGAAGGGUUAGACAAGCCUACAAUAUCUGGACUCAGAUAUUACUUGAAGGGGUUCUACAACGUCCACUGCCUAAUAAUAUACUAUUUCUUUCUAAUAUAUACAGCUGAAUUUAUAUUCUAUGCAACUGGAUUAUUUUCCACUAUCAUGUUGGCUCGCCUGGCCCAGCAGUGGCCUAUAUUCAUAAACAAGGUAACGGAAAUCGAGCAACAACUUCAGGAGAUACGAACGUCAAAUAAAACAGACAAAUACUGCAACGUGAUGGCCUUCUGCGUCUUAAUUGCGGCUUUGGUGGAACACAUUUUAUCGAUGAUAUAUGCGGUGUACCUUAUCACAAAAUGCAAAACAUCUUCAAACGAUUUCAGCAUAGUCGGGAACUUUCAAACAACAUUCCUGUGGAAUUUUACAGAUGUGCUUACUAUAUGUUUCAGCAUAUACUUGAUAUCAUACUUUCAAGACCUAAAUAAGGUUAUCAACAAUCGCCAAGUGAGUAUAAAAGCCAUGUCUUGGGAGCGCCUUCGCACUCACUAUUCGCAUAUAGUCGAGCUGGUAAGACAAGUGGACGCCAGGCUGUCAGUCUUCAUCCUACAGUCUUUCGUCACCUAUAUAUUUUAUAUCUGUACGCAGCUGUUCCACACAUUGAAAACCACACACCUUAAAGUAAUUGACUGUGAUGAAGACAUUGUCAACACAAUCAAACAAUCGCCAGAAUACAUAACGUAUUAUGUAUUCUCAUUCCUUUAUCUGGUGUUGAGGUUCGUAAUCACGUCUCUUUUGGCUGCUAAUGUGAACUUGGUUGCCAAAAUGCCGUUAGCUGCUUUGGAUACAGUGCCUUCUUCUGAUUAUUGUCUUGAGGUUCGACGUUUUCGUAUGCAAAUUGAGUACACUCCGGUAGCAAUGAGUGGACUAUUCUUUUUUGUUACUCGUCCAAUACUUCUUCAGGUCGUUGGAAGUAUAGUAACAUACGAGCUAGUAAUGCUGCAGCUUCAUUAA